AGCGCCGGCCGGCCUCAGCCCGCGGGUCUCCAGGCGCUGCUAGUCACGGAGGGAUCCCUCCUUUGGUGCUGCCCGACCAGUGAGUCCUUUAAAUACACUCCUGAAGUGGUCACACAGGACUGACAAAAUUAAACUGGAGGAGGGAAGAUGAUGUCCUUGAACGGACCGCAGAAUACAAUCAGUAACCCGAUCAUUCCAUAUGUUGGGACAAUACUUGGUGGCCUUGUUCCUGGAAAGCUGAUUGUGAUACAUGGGACUGUUCCUGAUGAUGCAGACAGGUUCCAGGUGGAUUUACAGUGUGGCAGUAGCAUAAAGCCUCGAGCUGAUGUGGCAUUUCAUUUCAACCCCCGCUUCAAAAGAUCUGGCUGCAUUGUUUGCAACACGCUGGAGACGGAAAAAUGGGGCUGGGAGGAGAUCACUUACGAGAUGCCUUUUCAAAAAGGGAAGUCAUUUGAGAUUGUCAUCAUGAUUUUAAAGGAUAAAUUCCAGGUGACUGUAAACAAGAAGCACUUGCUGCUCUACAACCACAGAAUUAGCCUUGAAAGAAUAGAUACUCUUGGAAUAUAUGGCAAAGUGCAGAUCAAAACUAUAAAUUUUGUUUCUAAUUCGUUACAAGGCUCUCAGCCAUCAUCUCUAGGAGUAACAAAGAUAAACACAGAAUAUGGGGAAAUGCCGGAUGGUUCACAAUUUGGAGUUCCUUACGUUGGGAAACUUGAUACUGCACUUCGUCCAGGAUGCACAGUUACCAUUAAAGGAGAAGUGAAUAAAAACCCAAAGAGCUUUGCGAUAAAUCUGAAACCAAGUGACUCAAAGGACAUUGCAUUACAUCUAAAUCCCCGAGUGAAAAAUAAAGUUUUUGUAAGAAACUCAUACCUUCAUGACAGCUGGGGAGAAGAGGAAAAGGAAGUUGCCAACUUCCCUUUCAGUCCAGGGAUGUACUUUGAGCUGAUCAUUUUCUGUGAUGCCCACCAGUUCAAAGUUGCUGUUAAUGGUGUUCACACUCUAGAGUACAAGCAUCGUUUUAAACAACUUGAAAAGAUCAACGUAGUGGAAAUCACGGGAGAUGUUAAAUUGUUAGAUGUAAGGAGCUGGUAGUUCUUUUCAAUCAGUACUAAAAGAAUUAAACCUCUUCUAAUGGCAGUGCCUCCGUGUCAAGUGCAAACAGGUGCUGACUCGCACUGAGCCUGCCUUUAUCUAUCUAGGCUUCUGCAUCUGCCUCUCUGAGUUAGAUGAGUACCAGAACUGCUAACUGUGAGAUUAAAUCCUCCUCUAAUGUACAGUAUCCUGGGAAGCUAAGUAAGUGUUUGCUCAGAUAAAUUUCCUGUAUUACUGAACCUAGUAAUAUGAAAAUGCUGCAUUAUACUGUGUCUAACAAUUGCACUUGGUAUGUUUAAAAGUUAAACUACUCUUGGCCUUCCUUGAUAGCAUACAUUCAAUAUUGUGAAGUAGAAACGAGACUGAAAUAGGAUCUGAAGAUAUGGUUAUCCACCCCAAAAAGGAUAUUAAUUUAAAAUAAAAUUAUGAAAUACACUUGUCUGCUUCUUAGUUUAUAUUAGCAACUGUAACCUUUUUACUGAGGCUGGAUUAAGCAAAGAGUUGACCCAUCAGUUCUAGCAAAAGGCAAGGAGGAAUUUGAUCUUACUUCUUAGCCUGCUGCUGGAGUAGUACUUUCUCUGACACUCAUGGUUAUGUCACCUCCAAGUGGCUUCAAUCAAACAUUCAGCAGCAUUUCUAGCUUUUAGUUUUCCGAAGUGAAACAAAUGAAAAUGAUUUAGUUGGUUCCAACUGCAUGAACUUUUGAAAGCUUGUUUGAUCUGAAAUGGCUCCUAACUUAGAGUUGAGAUUGCUCAGGGACUGAAGUAGAUGUUUGUGUUUUUCAAUUUUUAAAAACGUGUGAAGCCAGGUACUCCAGGCAGGGUUUUCAGCUGAGAUGAGACUUGCAUACUCAUCAGUGGAGUAGAGAAUGAAUCCUUUUUUCAGUCUUGUAUUAAAAUACUGUCUGUCUAUCUGAAACAAGCUGUUCCUAUAAAAUCAGUUUUCCAAACCAAUGUCAGUCUUAAUUUUUAUACUCUUUCUAAA